GGGUAAUUAGAAAAAUAGAAGAGAAGUUGGACAUCCAUUGAAUGUUGGUACCAAAUAAUUAUUUAAAAAAUGGAUUUGGAGGUUAAGUGGAAGAUAGCAACAAAGCAAUCUGCAAUAAAGAAGAGCAGUAUUGCGAUGUGGUUAACGGUGAAGCCACAACUAUGGUUAUCUUUCUCACCAUCAACACUCCCCGAGCGAAGAAGGACGAGUAUCAUUCUCAACAAUACUAAUUCUAAUUCUAAUUCUAAUAAUAAUAGUAACAACAACUCUUCUUAUCCACCAAUGCUUAAAAAGAGGAAUAGUUAUCGGAAACUUUAUCCCGGAGAAACCACCGGUAUCACUGAAGAGAUGAGAUUCGUCGCCAUGCGACUCCGUAACGACAAACUCGCUGUUCCCACUCCUUCCAUACACGGAGGAGACCAAUCCAUACCUGACACGUGGCGUCCUUCCAUGGAAGGCUUCCUUCGAUUCUUGGUCGAUAACAAACUCGUUUUCACCACACUCGAACGCAUGAUCGACGAUUCCGAUAACGUUUCUUAUGCGUACUUGAGGAAAACUGGAUUGGAAAGAUCAGAAGAGCUUUGUAAAGAUCUAGAAUGGUUGAAGGAAGAAGGUGUUGAGAUUCCGAAUCCAAGUUCUCCUGGAGUUACAUAUGCAAAAUAUUUGGAGGAGCUUGCGGAAACUAGUGCACCUUUGUUUCUCUCCCAUUUCUACAAUAUCCAUUUUUCUCAUAUUGCUGCUGGCCAGGUUAUUACAAACCAGGUUUCUGAAAAGCUUCUGGAAGGUAAGGAACUGGAGUUCUGCAAAUGGGGAGGAGACGAACAGGAAAUGCUGAAAGAUGUACGCGAAAAGCUUAACGUGUUAGCAGAGCAUUGGUCUCGGGAAGAAAAAAAUAAAUGUUUAAAAGAAACAAAAAAGUCAUUCCAAUUUAUGGGACAGAUUGUACGUCUGAUCAUCUUAUGAAGAGGCGGGUUGGUUCUUUGUUUUUUUUUUUUGUCAAUAGCACUGACUUUUUUAUGGUAAGCCUUCUAAAAUUUUUAAUCAUCCUUUUAACUUUAAAUUGGUACUUUUAAUUGAUAGAGGAUCAAGAAGGGUCAUCCCAAAUGCUUUAUGCAUCGAGGAUAAUGUAUUAUUCCAUCCUUAAGCAAUAUAUAUAAUCUUCCCCCCCUCCUGUUAUGCUUAAACCGAAAAGUGAUACAUUUCAUGCUUCACUAUGUGCUACUGCUCCCAAUUGUGUCAUUUCUUACAUUUGGUUGCAUUUUGUUUUUUUGGUCCAGCAUUUCACUGCAAUUGCAAUUUUAAAUUGUGUGGUGGUUCAACCGGAAUAUCAGUCCAGCCUAAAUAGUCAAGGCAUGUUGCUGUGUAGGAAAGUCAGUAGUUUGAGGGUGUUAACUGUAGCUUGGUAACCAUUUUUGUUGCGGCAAAUAGUACUGUUGCCAGGGCCAGGUUACAUCUGUUAUGGGUUUGCCAAUCCUUAUUGAUAUGGAUUUUAACGGUAUAGCCUGGGAAAUGACAAUAUCUUUUCAUUAGAGAUGUGGCUUUAGCUGGAACCAUUUCAAGAUCAUGAGUUCUGAAAUAAUAAUCACCAUAAUGUUUCAGUAUCACUGAAGAUUUCUUUCUAAUCGUGGCCAUUGUUUCCUACUUGCAUUCUCUUUUGUGGCUAUUAAUACUUUUGAGAUCACCACUUGAAGAACUCUUUGUAAUAUGAAUGUUCUUGAGUAAUGUUUCAGACAUUCCUUUCUCUCUCGUUGGAUUGGGAUUUUGGGAAUCCACGACAAAUUUAUAUGUAAUUUAUAAAUAUGUAUGGGCUCUGUAUUUUCCAUUGUAUAAACAGCACCUCAGUCUUUAAUCUGAUUUCUGUAUCAUUGUGCUCUACGGUGACAUUGAACAAUUUGAUAGUGAAUCUUCUAAAGUGGAAUAUAACGGUUUCAUAAUUUGUUCCA